AUGCUGAAAGGCGGUCUCAUCGAGAGUGAGAACGAUAAAGUCGGUGUUCGAGUCGCGGACAUUGACGAAUCCGGGCGAGUCGACAAUGUGCAUCUCAUCGAAAUUCGUCGCAUCAUUUCUCUCGUCGGAGCUGCCUAUUUCUUCUUCAUGACUGUUUGGGUGGUCCCGGUUGCUUGUGUUAUCACUGUGUCUAUGAUGUUCCCGCUGAUGCUCUUCAGAAUACCUCUCUUCAACUACCUCGAGCACAAAUUGUGCGGAAUGGUGAAUGCCCAUUGGAACGCUGUCGCUGUUUUUUGCGGAACAACUGUGACCGAAUACGGAACUGAUUUGGCCAACUAUGCCGAGGAGAAGUGCUUGUUGUUGGCUAACCAUCUCGGCCUGCUCGACCACUUUGUCUUGAUGCAGAGUCUCAAUGAAAAAGGAUCGAUUAGAUCUCGGUGGAUGUGGGUGAUCUACAACAUCUGGAAGUACACUCCACUUGGAGUCAUGUGGACCUCUCAUGGCAACUUCUUCGUCAAUGGUGGAGCCAGCAAACGCGACAACGUCCUCAAAUCCUUCCGUAACCACCUUGAAAAGAGCUUCUAUAAAUACGAUUUUGGAUGGGUCAUCAUGUAUCCAGAAGGAUCCCGUCUUUUCCUCGUCCAGAAAAGUGCUGCUACAUUCGCUCAGAAAAACAGCCUGAAACCAUUGGAACACUGUGUCUACCCAAGAACCGGAGCUGCUCAUGCUGUUCUUGACGUUCUCGGCCCAGCUGAUGAAACCUUCAAACUGUCGAAAUGUGGAAAGGGAGAGCCAAUCAAGUACAUCAUCGACGCAACCAUCGGAUACCACCGCGGAGAAGUCCCAGACAUUUGCGACGCCAUGAUGGGAGAGUGGGCAUCCGUGAACGCUUCAGAGUUUGCCGUUCACUACGACGUCAUCCCAGUCAAGCCGGAAUGGUCCGAUGAGAACAAGCUGAAGGAGUUCUUGUACGAGAGAUAUGCCAUUAAGGACCGCCUUCUUGCCGAUUUCUACAAAACUGGACGUUUCCCGGGAGAGCAGACCAAGGUGCAGCCAAACAACUACGAGAUGUUCUUUGCUCAAAUCUUCUGGGGAUCCCUCUACUACGCCCACUACUACUACUGGCUCCGUCCCCUCAUCGUCUACGCCUGGAUGUCGUUCAUCGCCAUGUUCUAA